AUGCUUACGCCAACUAUUGCCGUAAAAACUAGCUUUCUCUAUGCUGCCGGCAAUACGCCAGCAACCAGUCUGACCAGAUCAGUACCUCAAGGCCAGGACGCAGAUGUGCUUUCGCUUGGCUGUGGUGAUCUGCGCAACAUUCUUUACACAACAUACCUGGAGAAAGGCUUGCGUGAGUACAACUCAACCUGGCCUCACAACUUGAAGCUAAUCGGAUCAGCUCAGAGAAAAAUUGACUUUACUUGUUGCGAUGUCGUGGAAAAGAUUCUUGCUCGCAAUGCUUUCUUCUUGAUAUUCCUGCUUGAUGAGGAUUGCAAACUGAGUGAGGAGCAGCUUUGGAAUGUCUACUACCAUUUAUUUGUGGACGAAGAUACUGCCAAGAUUGUAGCAGCUACUGCCACUAAGCUGCUAAUCGUUUCCAAAUCCCUUGAUGAAUGGAACAGCAGUAUUUGGGGGAAAUCUAUCCGAUUCUGCGAUGCUGAUACUCUAUCAGAUGUCCGUCGUGUUUGGAUGUCAAUCAAAGCUGCGGCAUCCAAGUGUCAGUCCGAUAGCUAUAUGGCGACAUUUCAGCAGAAUAUCCAACCUUCUAAGGACAUCCACGAACAAAAGCUUGGUGAAGGGCGCCUCAACUUAACAGCUAUGCGUUCCGCUGCACCACUCUCCAUACAAGCAGGAGCAAAACUCGGGGAUAUAUCCGCUCAAUAUUGGAAAAAUGGCACAGUCACACCUCGCCAAGCCAAGGAUAAGCUGCCAAAUCCGCUCCUUGCAAGUCUUCUCUCUGAGAACGACAUUCUGCACUACGCUAGUGAUCCAGUCUUGGGCUUUCAUCUGGCAACGGCCUAUGCUACUCUUCUCGAAGGCUCUCCACUUGAGCCCAAGAUCAGAGGAAAAGAAUUUGUAGCCUCAGCUUCUGCUAAGACCCAGUUCAAUGAAUGGAUCUCUGCUUUCAAGUCGCUGAAAAGCAAUGUUGUCAUUCGCUUCGCCGUCGCGGAUGCCUUGACGCUCUGUCACAGUUUACAGGCGGCGCAUACAACAGGAAAGCCAGCCAAUCUAUACCGGCGAACCUGGGACCCUCGACCAUUGGUCUUGGAUCCGAAGGAAUAUGGAAAGGGUGGUUUAGGGCCAUCGGUGUUCGAUAUGAUCGAUACCUCAAACCUUUGCGACCACAUCGGAGCCCUCAACAUUCUCUUCGCAGCAGGGCCUCUUCUCAAAGACGAGCCGUGGGCGUCCCUUUUCACAGAAUUGCUCAUCAGGCCUGAGGGUGAUCAGAAGAAUGCUCUAGACAAGAUUCUCUCUGGACAUGCACCGACCAUCUCACUUCUGCUUGGUCUCAGUCCUGUGCAAUACUGGACUAAUGCCAAGGUUGAGUCCCAUGUUGACGAGAUUUUUCUUGGACUCAUGAAUGAAGUAAAAGGAGAAACGCAAACCCGAAACCGACUGGCUUGGAAGCGAGACAACCAAUUUUCGGGUCAGGCUCGCCACGGGAAGCUGCAUAUAGACUCGAAGCAGCUCAUCAAAUUACUUUCACCACUCUAUGACCACAUGUUUGAGGCUGAGAACAUAUCGCAGUCAAGUGUGGGACAGAGGUCAAACACGUAUGGCCACUUUAUCCGUACAAGCUUCGCUACCAUGCUCAAGAUUGUCAUGGCCCGAGUUGCAACAGACUGGCCAUCCAUGUGCUCAGCUCUCAUUGACUCGAUUGCUCAAGACCACCGCUUUUUGCUGGCUAGCAAUGGCAUGCAAGACCUGUGCCUUCAGCUUCACCUUCUUGGCGUAAACACCGAGCCAUGGAUUAUCCAGGAGAGCAGAAGCCUUCCUCAAAAUGGAGCUUUCAAUCGCUGGAAAUCCCUGCCGCCAGCAGUCGCUGUCACGGUAGUUGUGCCUAGACCGGCCAUUGCUCGAUUGUAUAAACAUCAAAAUAACCCUCUUGGGCUUGCAUCACCGCCACUUGUCGGAUCUGUGAGAUCUAGUCAUAAUGCUACCGAAGGAUGGCAAAACAUAUUUGGAGAUAUCCAAAUUUCCUUCGGCAAUGUUAAAACUAAGAAGAUGUCGGAUGAGGACGAGUUUCAAGUGGUUAUUGAAAGAGAUCGGGAUGGAUGGGCCGGAGACUCUCCUCUUGUUGCAUCUUUUUAUGUGCCCACUUCAACGUUGCAGAACGAACCCAACUCAGCAUUGGUGGGACUUUGUGUUCCACCCACGGGGCAGAACUCCUUCAUUUAUGGUCCCAUCCUGGGAAUGACCAUGACUGUAUUUGAAACGCGCACUGAUGACAAGGCCAGCGUAUUCGUGACGAAGCAUUUACCUGGGCAGGAUGGCUACCCUGCUGUAUGUAGUGCUGUUAGGUCUCUCGAGAAUGCGGUUAAUCAGGGUCAGGAUGACAAGACGACCAAGAUUCUGCUCGAGAUAUCACCUUCUGAGUCUGUCAUCUCUACCAUUACUGGACACUUGGACAUAACUUCGAAGAAAGGCAAGGGGUUCCUUAAGGAUAAAGUCCCGAUCGACUUUCGUCAGAAGAGCCCCUUCGCCAUUGAUAUUGUUUUUGGAAAGUAUGAUCUUGUUUGCCCUCUCAACUUCCCGGUGCCUGUCACCAACGAUGGAAUGAAAUCUCGUGUUGCUCGAACGACAGGCUACAUCGAAUUGAUAGCACCACUGGCACAGCCUGGCUCUUCUCCUAUACUGCUGGACUUCGCAUACCCUUCAGCAAUCUCUUCGUCUGGCGUUCCGGCCUGUCUCAACAUGUCGCACCUGAAUCUCGACAAUCUCCCGGUCAUUGAUUUGGAAAACAAGGACCGAAACCGAUGGAUGACAACAUUGACAUCAAUGCAGUUUUCAGCCCGAGAAAAAUACCUACGUACUGUGCGCGGCGAAAGCGGAAUCUCGCAUGACCCGAUGGUCAACUUCAAGGAAUCUGUGUUUACCAUGUUUAUGAUCGCCACCGGCUUACAGGCUGGCCAGACCGGUUUGUUUGCAAUCAACCACCCGAAGCGAGGUGGUAUUCACAUGCUUGUUUUCGUCUCCGCCAUCCGGAUUGACGGCGAUGCUGCUUCCGUUGUUAUUGAUGCAGCUAUUAUCCCGUUCACGAUGGAUCUUAUUACAUCGGGCCGGAUGGAAUCCUUCCUUCUGAUUCUCCGGGAACUUGAAUGUGGCAGUAUCGAUGUCGAUGAUGCAGAACUAUGCCUUUGGAAGAAGUCUCUCCCAUCAAUGGUUGAGCGGUGCCGUACCUGGUCUCACGGAAGGAGUUGCGAGUAUAAGAGAAAGGGGGCGACUAUUCCGCUGAGUCUCAAAGAUGGUGAACAGGUUCUGUGCUCGUGUGGUAACGGGCUCCUACCAGAGAACUUCGUGUCUCUCCCUGAGUGGGAAAACGCAGCCCCAAAUGCAGUCCGUGUUGCAAUCAGCCCGACCUAUGCAAUUCCGUUCAACGAAGAAGUCGUUGACCCUGCUGACCUUCCCAAGAUGCGGAACCCAGUGACUCGGGACGGUUUCUUGCCCCUCUUCACACCCUACCUUACACAACUCCUCAACCCCAAGGCCGAGUCCCGAAGGAGGGGCGAAGCUCUGAAGGUCAACAUUAGCGCUGGCGAAGGCCUACAGGAUGUUUUGAAGUCCAAUCUGGGCCCUCUGGGUACCAUUAAGAUGCUUGUUGACGGUGCGGGACAGAUCAAGCUGACCAAGGAUGGAAACGUCCUCCUCCGAGAGAUGCAAAUACAAAACCCUACCGCCGUUAUGAUUGCUCGAGCAGCGACCGCUCAGGACGAUAUUUGCGGUGACGGAACCACCUCUGUGGUUAUGCUGGUUGGCGAGCUUCUCAAGCAGGCAGACCGAUAUAUCUCUGAAGGACUGCACCCUCGUAUCAUCACUGAUGGUUUCGAGGUUGCCAAGAUUGAGGCUCUCAAGUUCCUCGACUCUUUCAAACUCGCCAAGGAAGUUGACCGAGAACUCCUCCUCAAUGUCGCCCGAACAUCGCUCGCUACCAAGCUCAACUCGACUUUGGCCGCCAAGCUUACACCCGAUAUUGUCGAUGCCGUUCUUGCUAUUUACCAGGCUCCUGCGAAGCCCGAUUUGCACAUGGUGGAGAUUAUGAAGAUGCAGCACCGAACAGCCGCCGACACUCGGCUGAUUCGAGGACUGGCCCUUGAUCACGGUGCUCGCCACCCCGAUAUGCCUAAGCGGCUCGAGAACUGCUACAUUCUCACCCUCAACGUCAGCCUGGAGUAUGAGAAGACUGAGAUUAACUCUAGCUUCUUCUACUCCAGCGCUGAGCAGCGUGAUAAGCUUGUUGAGAGUGAGCGUCGAUUCGUCGAUGCCAAGCUCAAGAAAAUCGUCGAGCUCAAGAAGGAGCUUUGCGGUAACGACGGUACAAAGAACUUUGUUGUUAUCAACCAGAAGGGUAUCGAUCCUCUUUCUCUUGACGUUCUUGCUAAGAACAACAUCCUUGCUCUCCGACGGGCCAAGCGAAGGAACAUGGAGCGUCUUCAGCUUGUUUGCGGUGGUGUUGCUCAAAACAGCGUUGACGACUUGUCUGAGGAUGUUCUGGGCUGGGCUGGCCUUGUCUAUGAGCAGACGCUCGGCGAGGAGAAGUUCACAUUUGUUGAGGAGGUCAAAGACCCCAAGUCCGUUACUUUGAUGAUUAAGGGCCCCAACGCCCAUACCAUUGCUCAAGUGACGGAUGCUGUCCGAGAUGGUCUGCGAAGUGUCUACAACAUGAUUGUCGACAAGUCUGUUGUUCCUGGUGCUGGUGCUUUCCAGGUUGCCUGUGCUUCUCACCUCAAGAGUGAUGCCUUUGGCAAGUCUGUCAAGGGCAAGGCCAAAUGGGGUGUUGAGGCAUUCGCUGAUGCUCUUCUUAUUAUCCCCAAGACUCUGGCUGCCAACGCUGGUCUUGACAUCCAGGAUGCUCUUGCGGACUUGCAGGAUGAGUACGCUGACGGCAACGUCGUUGGCCUUAACCUCGAAACCGGUGAACCUAUGGACCCUGAGCUGGAGGGUGUCUUUGACUCUUACCGAGUUCUGCGAAAUUGCAUCGCCUCCAGCUCCAGUAUCGCAUCUAACCUCCUUCUAUGUGACGAGUUGUUGAAGGCUCGACAGAUGGGCAGAGCAGGCGGACCUGGGCCUGGCAUGGAUGGACCUAAUGAUCACAUGUAG